CAGAGAGGGAUAAAGCUCAGAGGUGGCUGAGGGACUUCGGGGGGAAACAUGGCAGCCUCCUUUCCUAAGAUCUUGUCCUUCGGUAAAAAUUCGAGGACUCUACUUGGAGUUUUAAGGCUUUCUGCGGUUCCCGCUCAACAGUACACGGUCCCAGUUUCCAACUACGGGGAGAAAGUUACCCACACCGGACAGGUUUUUGAUGAAAAUGACGUGAGGAGAGCCAGAUUUGUGGGUAGACAAAAAGAGGUGAAUGAAAACUUCGCCAUCAAACUGGUUGCAGAGGAGCCUGUGACAGAUAUAGAAGCAAGAGUGGUGUCCUGCGAUGGCGGUGGAGGCGCACUCGGCCACCCCAAGGUCUACAUCAACCUGGACAAACUGACCAAAGUGGGCACCUGUGGUUACUGUGGACGGCAGUUUCAACAGAAGCACCAUCACUGAAACAACUCUGUCGACUUCUGUCUUUCUAGUCUGCUGGUUAUAAAUUAUUCCCUCUGAGAAGCGUGUCUUUACUUUCCUGUAGAAUAAAAUCUUACUAUGAAGACAA